AAAAAAAACACUUAAAUGCCAAAAAUAAGCCUAGACACGCUAUGGGAGCAGGCUGCGGCGGAGGUGCAGAGCCGAGGAACAGAAGGAGCGGAGGAUGACGGAGAGGAGACGAGCAGCGAGAGGAGUGUGUUUCUGAUGGGGAGCAAGGCUGCCGGAAAAACGUCCAUUCUCCUCAGAUGCCUCGACAGGGAUGAACCAUCCAAGCCAACUCUGGCGCUGGAGUACACCUUUGGCAGAAGGGCCAGAGGGCACAACACACCUAAAGACAUAGCCCACUUAUGGGAACUGGGAGGAGGUGCUUCUUUGUCAGACCUGGUCCAGAUCCCCAUCACUCCUGUCAGCAUCAGGUCUCUCUCUGUCAUCCUCAUUCUGGACCUGUCUAAGCCCAACGCCCUAUGGGGAACCAUGGAAAAGCUGCUACAGGCAGCAUUAGCUCAGUUGGAGAAAGUCUUUUCCCAGGCACGACAAGCACAGAAAGCAAAACCAGGAGCAAAACACCAGACGCCUGUCCACUCAGGAACACGUGUCUUGCCUAAAGACUAUCCUGACAGAGAGCUGGUCAGUCCUUUUCCUGUUCCUCUGCUGAUCAUUGGCAGCAAAUACGACAUCUUUCAGGAAUUUGACUCUGACAAGAAGAAAGUGGUCAGUAAAGCACUGCGUUUUGUUGCCCACUACUAUGCAGCCUCUCUUAUUUUCACUAGUAUCAAGUCAGAGAGCCAAAUGUCAAAAACCAAGAGCUUCUUCUCUCACCUGGCUUUUGGUCUGGACAGAGGGAAAACUGUGUCCUGUGACUCCACCAAGCCUCUCAUCAUCCCAGCAGGCUCUGACUCCUUCAGCCAAAUUGGUUCCCCUCCUACCACUGAUGUAGACAUUUCUUCUCUACAUGUUAAAAACCCAAAGGACCUCUGGAAGAAAGUCUACGAGCGUGUCUUCCCCCAAGAGAAUACCAGUGAGCAGAGAGAACUAAAGGAUCCAGCCAAAGACCCACAGUACAGUGAGCCUCAGAUUGAUUCCAUGAGAGCCCAGAAAGAUCAGGAGUUGGAGCAGUAUAAAAGAGAUUCAGCAAAGUCAUGGAAAGGACUGGAGCUGGAAACAUGAGUAACUUAGCUUUAUGGUCACACACACACGCCACAGAUUAAUGUAAAUACAAUGUUAACUUUGCUUUAUUUAUUUCCUUCAGUAUCAUUGUUUAUAUUUACACAUUACAGUACUACUUGUUGACUGAUCAUAAAAGUGUGUUUUCAAAAAUAAACUAUUUUACAUUAUUAUAAUAAGCAUCACCUUCUGUUCAUUCAUUCAUUCAUACAUUACAAUCACAAUAUUUAAACAAUAAUGUACACAAAUACAUGCAAUACAUAGUGCUUAGAACAUUGAUAUUCUUCUGAUACUCAAUAAUAUACAGCAGUACAUCAUUCCAUUUUGAAUCAAACUGUGGAUUUAUAGUGCUCUAGUUUACAUGUACCACUCUUAUAUUAAAAAAAUAAUGAAUUUGA